AUGAGGCCCGUGCUACUUUUGGUUGGCCUCCUCUCAGCGACCCGCGCGUUCAUCUCUGUGUCGCCGGCGCGACGGCCAGCGAGCACGCUGCUGCGCGCGGAGGAGGACGGCGGCGGCCCGAAGCGGUCACUCGCCGACGCUAUUAGCGCUUUCAGCAAGGGCGCGCUGAGCCGCGAGGAGCUCGAGGGCGCCGUCAAGGCCGAGGAGGCGGCGGCCGCCGCGGCGCUGGCCAAGGAGAAGGCGAUUCGCGACGCCAAGGAGAAGGCCGAGCGCCAGAAGCAGGCCAUCGGCGCCGGCUCCGUGCUCGGUGCGUUAGGUUUAGUAGCGGGAGGUAUAAUCGAAGCUGAAACCUUAGCGGACGGCAUCGCUUUGGCGUCCGCGGGAUUGUUAGGAAUAGGCGGUUACGCCGUCGCGAGUCGUGAUGAUGAACUAGCAUCGACGGUGAGAAACACCGCGGGCGCGGCGGGCACCGCCGCGUUCGACGCGGCCGGCGCCGCCGCGGAAGCCACCGCCCAGGCGGCCGCCGACGAGAUCAAGGCCAUCCCCGGGCGCGCCGCCGACGCGGCACAAAGAGCAGCCGAAGACGCCGUCGAGGAGAUCAAGGCCGCGCCUGGGAAAGCUGCUGAUGCCGCUCAGCAGGCGGCUCUCAACGCCGUCGAGGAGGCCAAGCUCCUACCGGGCAAGGCCGCCGACGCGGCGCAGCAGGCCGCGCUCGACGCGGUCGAGGAGGCGAAGGCGACGCCCGGUCGCCUCGCCGACGCGGCGCAAAAGGCUGCGGAAGAGGCCCUGGAGGAGGCCAAGCUCCUCCCGAGCAAGGCCGCCGACGCCGCCGCCGACGCCGCGCAGAAGGCCGCCGACGAGGCGCAGCGCGCGGCCAAAAAGGCCGCGGACGACGCCAUCGCCGAGGCCAAGGCCGCGCCCCAAAAGGCCCUGAACAGCGCCAAGGCGGAGCUCGACGCGGUCAUCGCGCCGCUCAAGGACGCCUUGCCGACGCCGCCGCCCGCUCCUAAGGCCCCGGCCGCGCCGCCCAAGGCCGCGGCGCCGAAGCCGCCGCCUGUGAAGAAGGCCCCGGCCGCGCCCGCGAAUCCGUUCGCCGGCAUCAGCCCGCCCAAGGCAAAGCCCGCGGCGCCGGCUGCGCCGAAGGCGCCGCCCAAGCCGGCACCGGCGAACCCGUUCGCCGGCCUCGGCGCGCCGGCGGCGCCGAAGCCCAAGGCCGCGCCGAACCCGCCCGCGCCGAAGGCGGCCCCGCCGAAGCCCGCCGCGCCGGCCUUCUCGAACCCCUUUGCCGGAGGCGGCGCGCCGCCGGCGCCCAAGGUCGCGCCGAAGGCGGACGCGCCGCCCGCGCCCAAGGCGAAGGCGCCGGGCGCGUUCAACCUCUUUCCCGGCGGCGGCGCGCCGGCCCCGAAGGCGCCGGCCGCGCCGCCCAAGGCCGCCGCGCCCAAGGCCGCGCCGAAGCCGCCCGCGCCCAAGCCGAAGCCGGCGCCGGCGCCGACCGUGUCCGUGUCGAGCGUCAUCGGCAGCCAGCGGAAGGCGCCGGCGCCGCGGCCCGCGCCCAAGCCGACGCCGCGGCCCGCGCCCCCGAAACCCGCGGCGAAGAAGGCCUCGUCGGGUGGCGCGUUCAACCUCUUCCCCGGCGGCGGCGGCGGCGGCGCGCCGGCCGCGAAGGCGCCCGCGCCGGCGCCGGCGAAGGCGUCGCCCUUCUCCUUUGGUGGCUCGAAGCCGGCCGCGAAGCCUACGCCGGCGCCGGCGCCCAAGCCGGCGUCUCCGUUCUCCUUUGGCGGCAGCAAACCGGCCGCGAAACCCACGCCGGCGCCGGCGCCCAAGCCGGCAUCUCCGUUCUCGUUCGGCGGCAGCAAGCCGGCCGCAAAACCGACGCCCGCGCCCGCGCCGGCCAAAAAGCCGGCGUUCUCGUUCGGCGGCGGCAAGCCCGCGGCGAAGCCGACGCCCGCGCCGGCCCCGGCGAAGUCGUCCCCGUUCUCCUUCGGCGGCGGCGCCAAACCGGCCGCGAAGCCGACGCCGGCGCCCGCGUCGAAGCCGGCGGGCAUCCAGUUCGCGCCGUCGAAACCCAAGGCGCCCGCCGCGCCCAAGAAGGCGUUCGGCGGGCCGCCGAAGAAGACGGUCACGCCCGAGCAGUCGAAGUACAAGAACGCGAAGGAUUUUUGGGCGAGCAAGAAGAAGUAAUUUGGUUGGGAG